UCUCCCGGAGCCCCUCCCUCCUCAGGCCGGAGGUCGUUUCCCCCGCGGAGAAGGCUCGGGUUUCCCCGGGGAGAGGCUCGGGUUUCACCGGGGAGAGGGACGCCCUGACGCGGGGAGCUGGCGUCAGUCUAUCUGCACCGCGCGGAGAGUCACGAGGGAGCGAGCCGCGCGCAACUGACCACAGGUGAUGAUGCCUCCACCCUCCGCCUCCUUCUCCUCUUCCUCCUCUUCCUUGCACAGACUUCUCCUCUUCUCUGCUCUGCUGCUGCUGUCCUCUGGAGUCUAUGGACAAGGUCGUCUGAAGCUGACCGUUCUCUCUGAGGAACGUCUCCAGGUGAAGUGGAAAGAGCCUGAGGGGCCAGUGCAGGGAUACAAGGUCCGAGUCAAACCCAUAUCAGAUGUGCCUCAGCCUGAACUGAUGCUGACCACCACCAGGGGGCGUGCCACUGUGGCUGGUCUGGACUCUACUCAAGAAUACGCCCUGCAGGUGCUCCUGCUUAAUGGUACAACGGAAAAACUGCUGGCCAAACGACGCUUCUCUAUGCAGAGCCUGAAGGAGGGGGAGCAGGUUCGGAGCAGACAGAGGAAGCGUCUCUUUUCUCUGGGCUCAGGUUCAGGAGAAACAGAUGAGAGUGUCGACGAACCUGUCACCGAGCUAACCGCCGUGUUCUACCCACACACCUCUGCCCCUGCCCCCACGACACCAAGUAACUAUGAGCCUGAGCUCACACUGACAACCUCUGAACCCCCUGAAGAAAUGCCAGACAAAACAAAAGAGAGAAGGAAGAAAAAGAAAGAGAAAGAUCGCUCCAAAAACGACAAGAAAGAAGAGGAGAGGACGAGUGAAAAAGAGGACAAGCACCGAAAGAACCAUAACACACAUUCAGGCCCGUCUGUGCGGAGGCCGUUCCAGUGCGACAGUGACGCGGCGGCCGACAUCUUGUUUCUGGUGGACGGCUCAUGGAGUAUUGGACGUACAAACUUCAGACGAGUCCGAGACUUCCUGGAGGGGCUCAUGGUCCCAUUCCACAUCGGACCAAAGCACGUGCAGAUCGGUCUGACACAGUACAGCUCCGACCCCAGAACCGAGUGGAACCUCAACAACUUCACCCACAAAGAGGAGCUGCUGGAGGCAGUGCGCAACUUCAGAUACAAGGGAGGGAAUACUUUUACAGGUCAGGCUCUUCUUCAUGUGAUGGAGCACAGUAUGACCUCUGCCUCUGGAGCUCGCUCAGAUGUGCCCCUAUUCCUGAUUCUUCUGACCGACGGGAAAUCUCAGGAUGACGCUGUUUCAGCCGCGGCUAAACUGAAGAGUAGUGGUGCCGAGAUCAUCACCGUGGGAGUGAAGAACGCAGAUGAGGCAGAGUUACGUCAGGUGGCGUCUGGUCCAGAGGAGUUAAAUGUUUAUAACGUGAACGACUUCCCUCUGCUCAGUAAACUGGUGUCACGGCUCGUGCACAUCCUGUGUGGACGGAUCCAUGAGCGUGCUGUCUCAAAACGUAUGGAGCCAGAGGCCACACCCUCCCCCGGCCCCGCCCCCAGACCAGAUCCAGGCCGAGAACCUGGUCUAGACCCAAGUUCAGACCAAGGUAUAGACCCUGGUCCACAUCCAGACCUCCCCAGCCCCACAGACCUGCGCUUCUCUGAGCUGGAGUCCAGGAGCGUCCGACUGCACUGGAACGGCCCUAAAGCUAACAGCGCUAAUGCUAACGUGCAACAGUACAGAGUGGUGUAUCACAGCGCUGAGAGCCAGAGUGCACAAGAGGUGGUGGUACCAGGCUCCUCCUCCUCCGUACUCCUUCAGAACCUCUCAUCUCAGACUCUGUAUCACGUUUCCAUUUUCCCCGUUUACGAACAUGACGUGGGGCUGGCACUCCGAGGAACCGUCACCACACCCCCUCUGCAGACUCCUGUCUCCCUUGUCGUCUCCCCCUCUUCGUAUGACUCCCUGCGGGUGAGCUGGGGUGCUGUGGUGGGGGCGUCUCAGUACAUGCUGCUGUACUCUGCCCUCAGUCAUGGAGAGCCGGAGGACGCACGAGAGGAGAAGCUGAGCCCCUCCCUCACUGAGGUGACUCUGGAGGAUUUACUGCCCUCUACAGACUACUCUGUGACACUGUACGCGCUGUAUGACGACGAGCCGAGCGAGCCACUCACUGCGGUCGCUACUACGUUCGCCCUGCCUCCCCCACACUCCCUCUCCUUUCCUCUGGUGUCCCACAGUCGGGUGAGAGUGAGUUGGACCCCAGGAGCUGGGCAGGUGCCUGCGCACCGCAUCACCCUGAGCACCAACCACGGCAGCGACGUCCGACAGGUGGAAGUCUCGGGUCUAAACUCAGUCUUGGUCGAGACUCUUUCGUCUCUGUCCAAGUAUCAGGUCUCAGUCCAGUCCCUGUUUCCUCAGGGCGAGUCUGCGGCCGCCACCGGGAACGUCACUACAUUGAAGGUGCCCCCGCCCUCUGACCUCAGGGUCACAAACUUCUCGGGCAGUGACCUCACAGUGCGUUGGGACGCGGCGGCGGAUGAUGUCAUCUCUUACCUCAUCAAAUGGAUCCCUCUGAGUGGAGGAGAGCUGAAGGAGCUCUCUGUGGACGGAGGGAGUGAGGGAGCGAUCCUAGAGGGUGCAGAGGAGGACAGAGAGUACCAGGUGUCUCUUUCGGCUCUUUACUCAGACGGAGCUCAGAGCGAAGCUGUGGCCAUUCGAUACAGCACCAUGUCAGGGGCGGGGCCAAGUGCUGUGUCCGUGUCAGGGGAGACAGCGGUCAGUCUAGUGGUCAGCUGGACUCCUCCAAACGCCCAUGUGCUGCAUUAUAGAGUGACCUACACCCCCCUGAGCGGAGCCGAUGCCCACGACACCAUCGAGCUGGUCUCGGGGAGCGAGAGGCGGGUGGAGCUUCAGGGACUACAGCCGGACACUCGCUACAGCAUCAUGGUGACCGCCGAGUACAGGAGCAGAGAGGGAGGGAGUGGAACGGCACAGGGGAAGACAGGCAGUCUGCGUGUGAGCAGUGUGAGCGUGCUCAGAUCCGAUCACUCGUCUCUUUGUGUUUCCUGGAGGCCUGUGUCUGUGGUGGACGGAUACCGCAUUGUCAUACAGGCAAACAGAGACAAACAGAUAGAGGAGCAGCGUGUGGACGCCUCCAGCACAAGUCACUGUUUCUCUGGCCUGCAGCCUGAGACACUGUACCGCAUCAGUGUGUACUGCACUCUGGGAGCAGCAGAGGGCGCCGCCGUCACCAUCCUGCACCCCACAGCUACAGCUCCAGCUCGGCUCCCUGUUCACCCCAGACUCUAUCCCGUUACUAAUGAAGUGUGUCCAGAGGUCACCAUCAGAAACAAGAUUGUCAAAGGCUUUGACAUGAUGGAGGCGUUCGGUCUCACUCAAUCAUCUCACUCAUCUCUGGACGGAGUCUCUGCUGAGCCUUUUGUCUUCACCUCUCUGCCCUCGUAUUCCCUGCACAGGGACGCCCAGCUCACGCAGAGCACCCGUUUGCUCCACCCCCUGGGCCUGUCUCCUGACCACACCCUCAGCCUGUCGCUCCGCCUCCUUCAGGACACGCCUCCUGAGCCUUUCGCUGUUUGGCAGAUCACAGACGUUGACCACCAGCCCAAGAUGGGGCUGGUCCUGGACCCGACGGUGAAGCGUCUGGUGUACUUCAGUCUAGAUUACAGAGGAGAGGUCCAAGAGCUGAGCUUCGACCAGCCUCAGGUCCACAGGCUGUUCUACGGGAGCUUCCACAAGGUGCACCUGUCUGUGAGCCAGGUGUCGGUCUCUCUCUCCAUAGACUGUGAGCGUGUCGGGGAGAGAGCAGCUCGUCCAGUUGGUGCUCUGCCCACAGACGGCUUUGAGAUGUUGGGCAAACUGACCCGAACCAGAGGCCCAAGGAGUGGCUCUGCUCCGUUCCAGUUGCAGAGUUUUGAGAUCAUCUGUAACACGACGUGGUCUUCAGAGGACACGUGCUGUGACCUGCCCGCUGUGAGAGACGAGGAAAGCUGCCCCGGCCAGCCCUACUCCUGCACCUGCUCCUCGGAUAUGCCCGGACCCCCGGGACCCCCCGGAGACAACGGCAGACCAGGUCCACGUGGAGAGAAAGGAGAGAAGGGAGAGCAGGGAGUGAAGGGAGAGGCGGGGCCGGCGGGGGGCCCGGGUCUAGAGGGGGGUCUGGGGCCCGUCGGCAGCAGAGGGCCUCAGGGUCUCACGGUGCAGGGGAAAACUGGUCCACCGGGGGCGAGGGGGGAGAAGGGGGACCCCGGGCAGAUGGGAGAACAGGGACCUCAGGGACCCCCAGGACCAAAGGGAGAAGAGGGGAUCCCCGGACCCAAGGGCAUCCGGGGCGCAGAGGGCACAAUUGGACCCCCCGGCCUCACAGGACCUCGGGGUUUCCAGGGCAUCCCAGGACACCCAGGGCCGAUGGGGGAGAGGGGCCCCGGGGGGGCGGUGGGUCCCACGGGUCUGCCCGGCAACAAAGGCGAGCGCGGAGAGAAGGGCGAGCCUCAAUCCAUGGCUCUGAUUUACCAGAUUGUCACGGAAGCCUGUGAGCAGAUGGUCCACAAGGAGGUGCUGAAGUUGGACCUGUUCAUAAACGACAUGAGCCGUAAGCCUGCCCCCCUCCAGGAGCCAGUUGGACCUCCGGGAGAACCAGGCAUUCCCGGAGGCAGGGGUCCCCCGGGCUCCCGAGGGCCCCAGGGCAGUGCGGGGUCCAGGGGGAGACCGGGCCGGCCGGGGUACCCAGGCGAGCAGGGGAGGAGGGGGCUGCCCGGGCCAAAGGGGGAUCCUGGGCCUAAUGUUCAGGGCCCUUCAGGAAUUAAAGGCUUUGCAGGUCCUGUGGGGGAGUCGAAGCUGGGAGACCCGGGGCCAAAGGGGGAGCAAGGCAGGCCGGGUCCCGAUGGAGGGUCCGGGUCCCAGGGUCAGCCCGGAGAGCAGGGACCCCCAGGCGUCUGUGACAGCAGUGGAGGCUGUGAGAGGAGCGGCCAGAGACCAGAAGACCCGUACUAUGGGUACCAGCCCUGAGGAAGAAGUGAGCAGUGAGGAGAGAAAGAGGAAAAGAGGAGAGAAAGAAAGAGAGUCAGGAGGAGGAGGUCUGAUGUUGUAUUUUCUCUGACUCAUUUUGGUCUCGUCGUUGUUGUUGUUGCACACGUGUCACAGAUACAGACACUAC